GUGUCUGGAUACUCAAGUAAAACAACGCUUAUCGCCAACUCAUUCACCAUGUGGCAGUCCGAUGCUAGCUCUUCUGCAUGUCCACUCACAAUUCCUUUCGCUCUAAUAUUUCCGACAACUUACCAGGACGGUGGCCAGGAAUAUUCUCUCCCUCCAACUUUCGAAAGUGUAGACAGCCCCGCAUCAUGUUCAUAUACUCUCACUGUUUCUCUCUCAAAACCUCGGCAACUUCUCUCAUUCUUGACGCAAAAUGAAACAUUAUCUAUUCCUCUACAAUAUUACCCGCGCUCCCGUCCUCAUUCACCCAUGUUACCAAAUGGGUUAUCCUUCAUGUCCACCGUAAAAUCGUCGCCGGAAGAGUGGCAUCAAGUUAUGUGCACAAUGAACUCGGUACCAAGUUCUGGUAUUCUUUUCAUCCCAUCUGUGCAAGUCUUCGCGCUAACAGAUACGAUACCUUUCCACCUACAACUCCGUGCGCCAAUGUCCUCAUUAUCUGCAUUUAUUUCCCAUGUGUCUUCUCCGACGGGGUCCAACUCGAGUUCAGGAAUAAGUGGUGCUACCGUUCGAGUUUACCUUUCUCGCCAGAUGACAGUUAAAGUCGGCGAUCAGAAAAAUAUUCGCAAACGAGUCCUAGGUGAAGGAACGUUACGGGCCUUGUCGUCUUCUAGUGAAGUCAAACCUCUAUUUCGACAUUCUUCUUCGAAGGACGGCUUGGACACGCUAGACUGGGAAGGUGAAGUGCAAUGUAGCAGGGAAAUUACCACUCCUGCAUUCUGUACUCCCCAGUUUGCUGUAAAGUCAAUUUUCUCAUCUCAGGACUCUAUCGUAUUGUUAAUUACACCCCCACAACCUCUCACGUCACCUCUACUCCGAUUACACCACGAACAUUCCAUUCGCCUUGUCACAGAUCCUUGGUCUGACCGGGGCUGAAAAUCCAUGUUACGCAGAUACAAGUGAUGGCGAUAGACUGCGAGCAGGCAUCUGUCUUGUUUCUCUCAUUUUUUUUUUGCAUCCUUAUAAAAUCGCGAGGCCCAAAUCCAGUUCCUCCCUGUCUUGAAGUUUGUAGCCCAACACUCAUGCCUAGAUAUUAUAUCUCAUAUCUCCAGCUUCCCAUAUCAGUUUUCAAGCAUCAUAUAAUACUGUAUCAAAUAAUCAAUUUUUGUCAACGCUUUGCCCUUCAUUGUAAUGGUUAACAUUAUACGGAUGACUUGAUUGGAAUACACCAUCAUCACAGUGUGUC